AUGUGUUCAAGGAUCUUGUGCUUCAAUGAAGCCCCUCCAUCGUACAGGCUCACGCCACAUCUAUCUUGCGACCCAUCUGGCAUGACCUUUGCUUUCGGCGGUGCUGGCGUCUACGAGGUGCCGGACAAGAAGGUGUCGACCCUUGCCACACAGGUUAAUGCUUUCACGAGGCUACUUAAUACUGGGGUCAUCUCAAAACAACAGCUUCAGAGCUCCGUCGCUCUCGUCUCCAUCUCCGGCGGUGACUACAUGACUGGUGCCAACGUCGACAAUGCCUUCUUGAGUAGCUUCGAUGAUAUUGAUAGUUAUAUUGGGAACGUGACGACUGAGAUUGCGAAGAACGUGGGGAAGCUACAGAGGCUAGGUGUGAGAAAGGUACUAGUGAACAACAUGCAUCCCAUUGGCUGCACGCCUUUGCGGACAAGUGCGAACAACUACACGACAUGCGACCUUCUGGCAAACUAUGCCGCAACUGUGCACAACAACAAUAUAGAACACCUGAUGGGGAACAAGAAUAAUGCCCACAUACUGGACCUCUACACUGCCUUCACUGACAGCGUUAAUCACGCCCCGGGUGAAGGGUCGGAGCAGUCAAACAAUUUCAAGCGCAAGCUGACACCUUGCUGUGAGGCUUCCACCGAGCUGGGGUACUGUGGACAGGUUAGCCCUUCAGGGAAGCGCCUCUACGACCUAUGCAAGAAUCCUGAAAAGAAUUUCUACUGGGAUGAGACUUACCCGACGACCGCUGGGUGGGAAGCUGUUACAGAGGCACUAGAAGAACCUUUGAGGGAGUUCCUAGAUCGGGACUAUGUUCCAUGAUUUCUUUGUAAUUUAGGUUUUGAUCGAUCCGUUGCUUGUUGGCGCAAUAUCUUUUUGUUAGGUUAGCAUAGAUAGUAUUCAUAUUUAGGAAGAAACUUGUGAGUUUUUAUUGCCUUGUAUUCCAUGAAAUUUUGUCUAGUGACCUUAAUGUUUUAAGAAAGUUCGUCAUACUAUA